GCGCGCGCUCGCCGCUGAGUGGAGUUCAAGCGAGUUGUUGACGCGCCGCGCGAACGCACGCGAGUUCACGCGAAUCUGCCGUAGGCGAGGGCAGGCGCAGGCAGUAGGUAGUGGUGGGUAGUGGGCACGUUUUUCGGACGCGUGUCUGCUCGCCGAUGUUGAUCGAAGGCUGAGGCAGAGUCACCGCGGAAGGAUGUCGACAGCAUUGCAGGAGGGCGACUCCAAGGCGGCCACCGCCGCCGUCGCCGACAACACCGUCGUCGAUCAUGCCGAGGAACACAGGCUUCGCGCCGGGACCGACAGCUUCCCGAGCAUCAACGAGAGGCCGGUCGACGACAUCUCCCUCGAGUUCUUCUAUCAGCCGCAUACGAUCACCCUGCUGCUCAUCUCCAUCGGCGCCGUCAUAUACUCGGCGUUUGCCAGAAAUACCACCAAUGUGGAGGACAACAUGUGGGCGGGCAUGUUGUGCGUCAUUUUCUUCUUCCUCAUCAUAUCUGUCCUGACAUUCCCUAACGGUCCAUUUACUAGACCUCAUCCUGUAGUAUGGCGGAUAGUAUUCGGCUGCAGCGUACUCUAUCUGAUGUUCCUGCUCUUCCUAUUGUUCCAAAACUAUGAGACGGUCAGGAGGAUCCUGGUAUGGGUGGAUCCAGGUUUAGCUUCCUUCCACAUCGAUAUGGACAAGGAGUACGGCGUCAACUGCUCGGACGUCACGGUGGAAAAGAUCUGGAGCCACCUGGACGUGUUUGCGCUGGCCCACUUCCUCGGCUGGGCUUUCAAGGCUAUUCUGAUUCGACACCUUGGUAUCCUUUGGGCUAUCAGCGUCAUGUGGGAGGUGACGGAGAUCGCCUUUGCUCACUUAUUGCCAAACUUUGUCGAGUGCUGGUGGGACGCGUUAAUUCUGGACGUUCUAGUGUGUAAUGGAUUGGGUAUCUGGGUCGGCCUGAAGAUCUGCUCCAUAUUAGAGAUGAGAGAAUACAAGUGGGUCAGUAUUCGUGACAUCGAGAGCACCACUGGGAAGCUGAAGCGAGCAAUGUUGCAGUUUACUCCUGGCAGUUGGACAUCUGUCAGAUGGCUGGAUCCAACUUGUACACAUAUGCGAUUGGUCGCUUUGUGCCAGCUGGUGAUAUUCUGGCAAGUUUCUGAGCUGAAUACCUUUUUCUUGAAGCACGUGUACGAAUUUCCACCAUCCCAUCCGUUUGUUGUGGCCAGAUUAGUAUUGAUCGGCGUCAUAGUCGCGCCGUCCGUUAGACAGUAUUACAUGUACGUGACUGAUCCGACGUGUAGUCGAGUGGGAACUCAGUGUUGGGUUUACGGGGCAAUUAUGGUGACAGAAGCUUUGCUAUGUAUACGCCACGGUGCUGCCCUGUUUGAGCGCACUCAAGCUCUCAACAUCCUCCUCUGGCUGCUUUGCCAGUCUCUAGUCUCCGUUCUCUGUGUCUACGGCUGCGUUUUGUGGCAUCAAUACUUCGAGACAGGAAAGAAAGUCACUAUAAGACGGUCCGUCUCCUAUCUGAACAAGUUUGACACGGAUAUAAGUGGGAAUAUGGCUCGUCGUACGAAAUCCGUGGAAGAAUUGGAUAAGAAGAAACUGUGAGAGGAAAAGUGAAAACCGCUUGAUCGUGAACUGUGGACACUAAUUAUACUUUCUAGUCGAAUGGGACAAUCGCGCGUAAGAGUAAGAUGGAUGAUGAUGCGUGCGUUCGAUUGUUUAUGACGUGGUAUGAGUGGUCUCCAAAGCUGUUGUUACUUUUGUUUCUCAGAAUAAAUGGAGAACGUUA